AUGUCCACCGCGUCCCUUGCUAUGAUUUUGCCUCAUAAGUUGUUGGGAUCCAAAUGGGCAGUAGAGGCAUAUGAUCAAUAUUCUGAGAGGGUCCUUGUUGUGGAUAGUCUCACCUGUAAUGUCCCACCUGUCCGCACUUAUAACAUACUCCUUGCCCUUGAACAAACUUCCCCUUCUUUUGGUGUUUCUGUUGAAAUGAUUGAUGACUCUGCGCCUGACCACCUUGAGAUCAUGAUGAUGAAGUUCUUUGUCUCUUACCAAAGCCACCUCAGGAAUGUGAAUCAAGAUCGUGAACUAGACUCUCUAAUUCUCCUGGUGUCGUCCAACUCCCUUUCGGCAACUAGUGCAGCCUCAACCACUUUGGCAUAG